AUGAUGAUCAGUGCUGUGUUGCUCCUUUGCGCUGUUUUACAGGCAGAAAGCGAGAGACACUCCCUCUAUUACAUAUACACCGCCCUCUCCAAACAUGUCUCUGUACCUGGAAUCCAUGAGUUCACUGCUAUGGGCCUGCUUGAUGACAGAGAGAUUGACUACUACAACAGUCAGGACAAAGUCAAGAUACCAAGACAAGACUGGAUGAAAGAGAGUCUGACAGCUGACUACUGGGAGAAAGGCACUCAGUCACGAAAGAGUAAAGAACAGUGGUUUAAAGUCAAUGUCAAUAUUCUGAUGGAGCGUAUGAACCACAAUCAGUCUGAUAUCCAUGUUCUUCAGUGGAGACAUGGCUGUGAGGCUGAGAGACACUCUGAUGGAUCAGUAAGGUUUGUGAGUGGUGUUGACCAGUACAGUUAUGAUGGUAGUGACUUCCUGUCCUUUGAUGAUGCCACUAUGCAGUGGGUGGCCCCAGUUGAUCAGGCCGUUCCCACCAAAAGGAAGUGGGAUGAUGUGCCCAUUCUCAACCAGUACACUAAGGGUUACCUUGAGAAGGAGUGUGUGGACUGGCUCUCCAAGUUCAUGACUUAUGGGGAAGAGGACCUCAAGAAACAUUCUCCACCAGAUGUUUUUGCUUUUGCAAGGAGGGCGACCACACCCAACAAACUGACCUUGACCUGUAUGGCCACUGGCUUGUACCCCAAAGAUGUGACCCUGAACAUCAGAAAGAACCGCAUUACGCUCCAUGAUAAUGAAAUGAAUUCUAUUGGAGCAAUACCAAAUAGUGAUGGAACUUACCAACUGAGGAAAAGUGUGGAAAUCCCAGAGUCUGAAAAAGCCGAUUAUGACUGUUGGGUGUACCACAGGACCCUGAAAGAACCAACAAUUUCUGUGUGGGAUGGAAAGUGUUCUGACUGCCAGACAGAGCCAGAUGAUGAAGGUGUUACUGUAGGUGUGAUAGUUCUAAUCUUGGUUGCUGUGGUUGCAGUGGCCAUGUUUGUCUUUCACAAAAAAGGCUUGAUUGGUGGCUCAAAUGGCCAUGCUGCUGUGAGGUACCACAGCAAUGGAGGUAAAUGA